UCUUCUCUCCUUGUCUCUCUCUCUGUCUGACUUGCUAAUCUCAGGUCCCCAGCAGACUUGUGCUCCUCCCUCCUCUCCCGUAGACUCUUUUGAGGAGAAGCCAAGGUAUAGCCAUGGGUGAUGCUGAGAUGGCUGCAUUUGGGGCAGCCGCCCCCUUCCUUCGCAAGUCGGAGAAGGAGCGGCUAGAGGCACAAACCCGGGCCUUUGACCUCAAGAAGGAUGUCUUUGUGCCUGAUGACAAGGAAGAGUUUGUCAAAGCCAAAAUUCUGUCUCGGGAGGGGAACAAAGUCACCGCUGAGACUGAGCAUGGCAAGACGGUGACAGUGAAAGAAGACCAGGUCAUGCAGCAGAACCCACCCAAGUUUGACAAGAUUGAGGAUAUGGCUAUGCUGACCUUCCUGCAUGAGCCUGCAGUGCUGUACAACCUCAAGGAGCGCUAUGCCUCCUGGAUGAUCUAUACCUACUCUGGCCUCUUCUGUGUCACUGUCAACCCCUACAAGUGGCUGCCAGUAUACAACGCAGAGGUGGUCGCUGCCUACAGGGGCAAAAAGAGGAGUGAAGCUCCGCCCCACAUCUUCUCCAUUUCUGACAAUGCCUAUCAGUACAUGCUGACAGAUAGAGAAAAUCAGUCUAUCCUCAUCACUGGAGAAUCUGGGGCAGGGAAGACUGUCAACACCAAGAGAGUCAUCCAGUAUUUUGCAGUCAUUGCGGCCAUUGGAGACCGAAGCAAGAAGGAGCAGACCCCAGGAAAGGGUACCCUGGAGGACCAGAUCAUCCAAGCCAACCCUGCCCUAGAGGCUUUUGGCAAUGCUAAGACUGUGAGGAAUGACAAUUCUUCCCGCUUUGGCAAAUUCAUUCGAAUCCACUUUGGGGCAACAGGGAAGCUAGCAUCAGCUGACAUUGAGACCUACCUCCUGGAGAAGUCCCGUGUUAUCUUCCAGCUCAAAGCAGAGAGAGAUUAUCACAUCUUCUACCAGAUCCUGUCCAACAAGAAGCCAGAGCUGUUGGACAUGCUGCUGAUUACCAACAACCCCUAUGACUAUGCGUUCAUCUCUCAGGGAGAGACCACUGUGGCUUCCAUAGAUGACUCUGAAGAGCUCAUGGCCACUGACAAUGCCUUUGAUGUGCUGGGCUUCACUUCUGAAGAGAAGAACUCCAUGUACAAGCUAACAGGAGCCAUUAUGCACUUCGGGAACAUGAAAUUUAAGCAGAAGCAGAGAGAGGAGCAGGCUGAACCGGAUGGCACCGAAGAGGCUGACAAAUCAGCCUACCUUAUGGGCCUGAACUCAGCUGACCUCCUGAAGGGGUUGUGCCACCCAAGGGUGAAGGUGGGCAAUGAAUAUGUCACCAAGGGGCAGAAUGUCCAGCAGGUGGCAUAUGCCACUGGUGCUCUUGCCAAGGCCGUCUAUGAGAAGAUGUUCAACUGGAUGGUGACAAGGAUCAAUGCCACGCUGGAAACCAAGCAGCCGCGCCAGUACUUCAUUGGUGUCCUGGACAUUGCUGGCUUUGAGAUCUUUGAUUUCAACAGCUUUGAACAGCUCUGCAUCAACUUCACCAAUGAGAAACUGCAACAGUUUUUCAAUCACCACAUGUUCGUGCUGGAGCAGGAGGAAUACAAGAAAGAGGGCAUUGAGUGGGAGUUCAUUGACUUUGGCAUGGACCUGCAGGCCUGCAUCGACCUCAUUGAGAAGCCCAUGGGCAUAAUGUCCAUCCUAGAGGAGGAGUGCAUGUUCCCCAAGGCCACCGACAUGACCUUCAAGGCCAAACUCUUCGACAACCACUUGGGCAAGUCCAGCAACUUCCAGAAGCCCCGUAACAUCAAAGGGAGGCCGGAGGCCCACUUUGCCCUGAUCCACUACGCCGGCACCGUGGACUAUAACAUCCUGGGCUGGCUGCAGAAGAACAAGGACCCACUCAAUGAGACUGUGGUGGCCCUCUACCAGAAGUCUUCUCUCAAGCUGCUCAGCAACCUAUUCGCCAACUACGCUGGGGCUGACGCACCUGUUGAGAAGGGCAAAGGCAAAGCCAAGAAGGGCUCUUCUUUCCAGACCGUGUCUGCCCUGCACAGGGAGAACCUGAACAAACUCAUGACCAACCUCCGUUCUACUCAUCCCCACUUUGUGCGUUGCAUCAUUCCCAAUGAGACCAAGUCUCCAGGUGUGAUAGACAACCCCCUGGUAAUGCACCAGCUACGCUGUAAUGGGGUGCUUGAGGGGAUCCGAAUCUGUAGGAAGGGAUUCCCCAACCGCAUUCUCUAUGGGGACUUCCGACAGAGGUAUCGGAUCCUGAACCCAGCGGCUAUCCCUGAGGGCCAGUUCAUCGACAGCAGGAAGGGGGCAGAGAAGCUGCUUGGCUCCCUGGACAUUGACCACAACCAGUACAAGUUUGGUCACACCAAGGUGUUUUUCAAAGCUGGGCUGCUGGGUCUUCUGGAGGAGAUGAGAGAUGAGAGACUUUCCCGUAUCAUCACCCGGAUCCAGGCCCAAUCCAGAGGUGUUCUAUCUCGUAUGGAAUUCAAGAAGAUCCUGGAAAGAAGAGACUCCUUGUUGAUAAUUCAGUGGAAUAUUCGAGCUUUCAUGAGUGUCAAGAAUUGGCCCUGGAUGAAGCUUUUCUUCAAGAUUAAGCCAUUGCUAAAGAGUGCAGAGACAGAGAAGGAGAUGGCCACCAUGAAGGAAGAAUUUGCGAAGCUCAAGGAAGCCCUGGAGAAGUCAGAGGCAAGACGUAAGGAACUGGAAGAGAAGAUGGUGUCUUUGCUGCAGGAGAAAAAUGAUCUACAGCUACAAGUCCAGGCGGAACAAGACAACCUGGCAGAUGCAGAAGAGCGCUGUGACCAGCUGAUCAAAAACAAAAUCCAGCUGGAGGCCAAAGUGAAGGAGCAGAUGGAACGCCUGGAGGAUGAGGAAGAGAUGAAUGCUGAGCUCACAGCCAAGAAGCGAAAGCUGGAGGAUGAGUGCUCAGAGCUCAAGAGGGACAUUGAUGAUCUGGAGCUGACCCUGGCCAAGGUGGAGAAGGAGAAGCACGCAACGGAGAACAAGGUCAAGAACUUAACAGAAGAAAUGGCUGGGCUGGAUGAGAUCAUUGUCAAGCUGACCAAGGAAAAGAAGGCCCUACAGGAAGCCCACCAGCAAGCACUGGAUGACCUACAGGCUGAGGAGGACAAGGUCAACACCCUAACUAAAGCCAAGGUCAAGCUGGAACAGCAAGUGGAUGAUCUGGAGGGAUCCCUGGAACAGGAGAAGAAGAUUCGGAUGGACCUAGAGCGGGCAAAGCGAAAGCUAGAAGGUGACCUGAAACUGACUCAGGAGAGCAUCAUGGACCUGGAAAAUGAUAAGCAGCAGUUGGAUGAGCGGCUGAAAAAGAAGGACUUUGAACUGAAUGCUCUCAAUGCAAGAAUUGAGGAUGAGCAAGCUCUGGGCAGCCAACUGCAGAAGAAACUCAAAGAGCUACAGGCUCGAAUUGAGGAGCUGGAGGAGGAGCUGGAAGCAGAGAGGACAGCCAGGGCCAAGGUAGAGAAGCUGCGCUCUGACUUAUCCAGGGAACUGGAGGAGAUCAGCGAGAGGCUGGAGGAGGCCGGCGGGGCCACUUCUGUCCAGAUCGAGAUGAACAAGAAGAGGGAGGCUGAAUUCCAGAAGAUGCGGAGGGACCUGGAAGAGGCCACGCUGCAGCACGAGGCCACAGCGGCCGCCCUGCGUAAGAAGCACGCAGACAGCGUGGCUGAGCUGGGAGAGCAGAUCGACAACCUGCAGAGGGUCAAGCAGAAGCUGGAGAAGGAGAAGAGCGAGUUCAAGCUGGAGCUGGAUGAUGUCACCUCCAACAUGGAGCAGAUCAUCAAGGCCAAGGCUAACUUGGAGAAGAUGUGCCGAACCCUAGAAGACCAAAUGAACGAGCAUCGCAGCAAGGCAGAGGAGACACAGCGUUCUGUCAAUGACCUCACCAGCCAAAGGGCCAAGUUACAGACGGAAAAUGGUGAGCUGUCCCGCCAGCUGGAUGAGAAGGAGGCUCUGAUCUCCCAGCUGACCCGAGGCAAGCUCACCUACACACAGCAAAUGGAAGAUCUCAAGAGGCAGCUGGAAGAGGAGGUCAAGGCAAAGAAUGCCCUGGCACAUGCCCUACAGUCAGCCCGCCAUGACUGUGACCUCCUGAGGGAGCAGUAUGAGGAGGAGACUGAGGCCAAGGCAGAGCUACAGCGUGUGCUGUCCAAAGCCAACUCAGAGGUGGCACAAUGGAGGACCAAGUAUGAGACAGACGCUAUCCAGAGGACUGAAGAGCUGGAGGAGGCCAAGAAGAAGCUGGCCCAGAGGCUACAGGAUGCAGAGGAGGCCGUGGAGGCUGUGAAUGCCAAGUGCGCAUCCCUAGAGAAGACCAAGCACCGACUGCAGAAUGAAAUUGAGGACCUGAUGGUGGAUGUGGAACGGUCCAAUGCUGCUGCUGCUGCUCUGGACAAGAAACAGAGGAACUUUGACAAGAUCCUUGCCGAGUGGAAGCAGAAAUAUGAGGAGUCUCAGUCGGAGCUAGAAUCAUCUCAGAAGGAGGCUCGUUCCCUCAGCACCGAGCUCUUCAAGCUGAAGAAUGCCUAUGAGGAAUCCCUGGAGCAUCUGGAGACUUUCAAGAGGGAGAACAAGAACCUCCAAGAGGAGAUCUCAGACCUGACAGAGCAGUUGGGCUCCAGCGGGAAGAGUAUCCACGAGCUGGAGAAGAUCCGGAAACAGCUAGAGGCAGAGAAGCUGGAACUGCAGUCAGCCCUGGAGGAAGCAGAGGCCUCCUUGGAGCACGAGGAGGGGAAGAUCCUCCGGGCACAGCUGGAGUUCAACCAGAUCAAGGCAGAGAUUGAACGGAAGUUGGCAGAGAAAGAUGAGGAGAUGGAGCAGGCCAAGCGCAACCACCUACGGGUGGUGGACUCCCUGCAGACCUCUCUGGAUGCUGAGACCCGCAGCCGGAACGAGGCCCUUCGGGUGAAGAAGAAGAUGGAGGGAGACCUCAACGAGAUGGAGAUCCAGCUCAGCCACGCUAAUCGCAUAGCUGCUGAGGCCCAGAAGCAAGUCAAGACCCUACAGGGCUUGCUUAAGGACACCCAGAUCCAACUGGACGAUGCAGUCCGGGCCAAUGAUGACCUAAAGGAGAACAUCGCCAUCGUGGAACGCCGUAACAACCUGCUCCAGGCAGAGCUUGAGGAGCUACGGGCCGUGGUGGAGCAGACAGAAAGGGCCCGGAAGCUGGCUGAACAGGAACUCAUCGAGACCAGCGAGCGGGUGCAGCUGCUCCACUCCCAGAACACCAGCUUAAUCAACCAGAAGAAGAAGAUGGAUGCAGACCUGUCUCAGCUCCAGACAGAAGUGGAGGAGGCCGUGCAGGAGUGCAGGAAUGCUGAGGAGAAGGCCAAGAAGGCCAUCACUGACGCAGCCAUGAUGGCUGAGGAGCUGAAGAAGGAGCAGGACACCAGUGCCCACCUGGAGAGGAUGAAGAAGAACAUGGAGCAGACCAUCAAGGACCUGCAGCACCGGCUGGAUGAGGCUGAGCAGAUUGCCCUCAAGGGCGGCAAGAAGCAGCUGCAAAAGCUCGAGGCCCGGGUGCGGGAGCUGGAGAACGAGCUCGAGUCGGAGCAGAAACGGAACGCCGAGUCGGUCAAGGGCAUGAGGAAAUGUGAGAGGCGCAUCAAGGAGCUCACCUACCAGACAGAGGAAGACAGGAAGAACCUGCUUCGGCUUCAGGAUCUGGUGGACAAGUUACAGCUGAAGGUCAAGGCCUAUAAGCGGCAGGCAGAGGAAGCGGAGGAACAAGCCAAUACCAACCUGUCCAAGUUCCGGAAGGUCCAACACGAGCUUGAUGAGGCUGAGGAACGGGCUGACAUUGCUGAGUCGCAGGUCAACAAGCUUCGAGCCAAGAGCCGUGACAUUGGUGCCAAGAGUGCACCAUAAGUUCCAUCGAAGCCCAGAACCAGACCCUUCUCCCAUAAUCCUGGUCCCUGGUUUCCUUCCCUCAGAACUGACUCGGACUUUGUUUCCUUUCAGAAGGGCUUGAAUGAGGAGUAGCCAGGCCACAAUGUCCUGCACUGACCUGGAGGUGCAAUUAUGGGCCUUCUUAACUCCAUGGUCCCUGUACAAUAGACCCUGCCUAGGAAAUAGAAUAAAAAAUUCUCCUAGAAGCUAA